AUGGAAGAAAUAACAAAAAUGUUCGAAUCUUUGCCAGUUAAAAUGAGUAAUAUACAAACAGAUUUGCAGGAAAUUAAAAAUGGAAUGCAAUUACAAAGAGAAGAAAUAAUAUCGAUAAAAGAGGACAUUAGUAAUAACAAGCUAGAAUGGAAAAGGGAAGAAGAAGAAGAAUUAGUCGAAAAAAUAAUGGAAACCGAAGAAAGACUAGAGAGAUUGGAGAAAGAAAAGAUACGCAAUAACAUAGUUAUAACAGGAAUUAAAAUAGAUCUUAUGAAUAAAAGAGAAAUAAUAAAAGAACUUGAAACUUCCGUAGAAAAAGAAAUAGGAAUAAAAGUGCAAUUUAAUAAAGCGAUAAAACUAAAAGAAGACUCUUACAUAGUAGAAUUGAGAAACUGGGAAGAUAAAGUAGAAGUAAUGAAAAAAAAAAGAAUAUUCUUAAGGGAAGUACUAUUUACAUAG